CUUUCGCUGACGUGGCAGCUGUGCGUGUACGUAAUUUCUUCCACCACCACCCAAUAUCAUCGAAGCAAAGCAAAGCAGCAAGAGCGAGCAAGCAAGCACAUUUUCUUCCUGUUCUCAUCGACAAGCCAACGCAGAACAAUGGGUGAUCAAGACUGGGCUCCUGUGGUUAUUCGCAAGAAGAAGCCAAAUGCAUCCCAGGCCCGCAGCAAGCAGGCCGUGAACGCGGCACUGCGGUCUGGUGCUGGCGUGUCGACACAGAAGAAGUAUGGUGCGGGCGGUAACAAGCAGAAGUCGACCGACAAGAACACGGCGGUACUCGACGCCGAAACAGAGAAGCUCGCACACAAGAAGGUGCCGCUGCAGGUUGGACAGACGAUCAUGAAGGCGCGAAACGACAAGGGCCUGAACCGUAAGGACUUUGCCACGAAGAUCAACGAGAAGCCUGCUGUUGUGCAAGACUACGAGACAGGCAAGGCCAUCCCGAACCAGCAGACGCUGAGCAAGAUGGAGCGGGUGCUUGGUGUGAAGCUGCGCGGCAAGAACAUUGGCGAGCCGCUUCCUCCCCGCGGCUCCAAGGCCAAGAAGAAGUAAACCCGCUGACAUUGAUUGGCCUUUGUGUCACCCUCUCACCCCAACUACCGCGUCCCAACGCACACGCGGUUGCUGUUAUUGGUGUGAAUCUGUUUCUCACCCCCCCCCAACACACACACACACACACACUGUUAUGUGAGGGCUGACUAUCACCCAUCACAGCCACUUCAUCGCUUGAAUGUUUGUGAAUGUGUCUACCGAACAGCUUACGUCGCACGUCUGUGUAUGAUUCUUGUGGUGUGUAUUGCAACUUGGUAUUGCAACUUGGUGCUGCCAUGUAUCCCCCACGUACAACGUAUCAAGCUCGCACAUGUAUACCGUACAAUCGUGCA